UAAUAGUGUGUGGAUAAAUUGGAAAAAUAUUUCCAGCUUUUAGCAUGAUGUCUUACCUCAAACAGCCCCCCUAUGGCAUGAAUGGGCUGGGGCUAGCAGGACCGACCAUGGAUCUUCUACACCCUUCAGUGGGGUAUCCAGCCACCCCGCGGAAGCAGCGGCGAGAACGGACCACCUUCACCCGAUCGCAGCUGGACGUGUUGGAAGCGCUUUUUGCAAAAACCCGCUACCCAGAUAUAUUCAUGCGAGAAGAGGUUGCCCUGAAAAUCAACCUGCCGGAAUCCAGAGUCCAGGUCUGGUUCAAGAACCGCCGCGCCAAGUGCCGACAGCAGCAACAGAGCGGCAGCGGCGCCAAGAGCCGGCCGGCCAAGAAGAAGGCUUCUCCAGCGCGAGAGAGCUCCGGCUCCGAGAGCAGCGGGCAGUUCACGCCGCCCGCCGUCUCCAGCUCGGCUUCCUCCUCUUCGUCCAGCUCCAAUUCUUCGGGCCCGGGCCCGGGCGGAGCGGCCUUGAGCAACCCGGCGGGGGCGGGGGGCGCAGCGUCCGGGUCGGCUUCGUCGGCCGCCUCGCUGAGUAGCGCGCCGUCGGCCGUCUCGGCCUCGUCCAUCUGGAGCCCCGCGUCCAUCUCGCCCAGCGCCGGGCCGGAGCCCUUGACGUCCAGCGGGGCCUCCUGCAUGCAGCGCUCCGUCUCCGGCGCUUCGUCCGCCUCUUACCCGAUGUCGUACGGCCAAGGCGGCGGCUACGGCCAAGGCUAUCCGGCGCCGCCACCCCCGCCGCACUCCUCGUCCUACUUCAGCGGGGUAGACUGCGGGUCCUACCUGCCCAUGCACGCGCCCCCGCACGCCCACCAGCUCAGCCCGAUGGCGCCCUCGUCCCUCGCGGGCGCCCAUCCCCACACCCACCACCCGCUCGGCCAGAGCUCCAGCCACCACCAUCACCACCACCACCACCACCACCACCAGCCUGGCUAUGGCGGGCCCGGGCUGGCCUUCAACUCCUCCGACUGCCUGGACUACAAAGAGCCGGCCCCGACCGCCGCCUCCUCCUGGAAGCUGAACUUCAACUCCCCGGACUGCCUCGACUACAAAGACCAGGCCUCCUGGCGCUUCCAAGUCCUGUGAGGGUUGCCUCGGCGCCCGCCAAACCUCCCCCGUCUUGUAAGCGCCCACUUUCUUCUCGGGUCCGGCCUCUUUUCCGUCUUGCAAACGCGCCCCGGCCCUGCUCGGCUCGGCUCGGCCUCGUCGGUCUUUGCUCUUCCGCGUGUUUGACCAGUUGGUGAAAGCAGCCUUUGAAUUCAUUUCCAGAAAAGAAAGACGCUGGGGAGCAACCCGUUUGAAUAGCCAGCCCCUUUCCCCGCCACCGAAUCUGGGCUGAAGGCUGCUUGGGCCAGACCUGCUUUGCCCUUCCUGGACGUGCUGCCGCCUCCUGCCCCGCUGAGUUGACUCCUGACGUGUGUUAUUUAUUCGCUCCCUGGGAUUAUGUUCAGGAUCGUAAAUUUUUUGUUUUGUUUUGUGUUUGAAGCAGAAGAGGACUUGAAAUCGAGAUUCAUCCUCCUCCUUCCAACCAGUCCUUUUGCCCAGCCUUUGUGACGCCCGCCCGCUCGCUCGCCCGCGUGCGUGGAAAGACAGGACAAACAGGACGCGCCUUUUGCUUUCUGGCCGACAGCAGACUUCGUGUAUAGAUCUCCACACCGCCCUCCCCCAUCCCAUUCGAGGACCCCC